AGUGAACCGUAAGGUCUAAUCGUUUAUAUAUUGAUCUUCUAGAAGAAACCUAGAGCACAGAGCCACCCUAUCCCCACUACGAUCCUUGAAAGCCGGGAUGAAAUCAAUAGAAAGCUCACGCGAACUCUCCGUCUUCGGUAAAUUCAUUCGCACGCGAAAUUUCACGGCGUAUCGCGCAGGGAGGAGCGUCGAGACCGGGCGAACGCGAUGGAGAACGCGAACACACGAUUUUAAUGCCGCGUACGUCGCGUUGCGUUUGGGACACCGAGAAUAUCGGAACAUUCCCUCGAGUGCAUCGUUCUCUGUUCGCAAAAUCCCGAACGGUGGUAAAAUCAUCGUUCCACGGAUUAGUGAUUCUCGUUCGAAAACGAUCAGCGAUCAACGACGAUGGCUGUGUUUCACGUAAAGAAAUUACGAUACUCGGCAUCGUGCUGUUGGGGUGUGUCGUAGGGCAAACAGAAAGUAUAGAAGCUUUAAGCUUGCUCAAUCGAAUAAAUGACAAAAUUUGGCAAACGACGUGAUGAUAGGGCUUGUUAUAUUUUUAACGUUGACGGGUGCGAUCGGGGGUUCGUUACCUCCCGACGACGCCGACAAUGUGUUGCAUAUCGGUGGCAUUUUUCCCAUACGAGGAAAGGGUGGAUGGCAGGGUGGCCAGGCUUGCAUGCCAGCAGUGAACCUGGCUCUAGAGGAUGUUAACCGUGAAAAAAAUUUGUUACCUGGAUUCAUACUGAAGCUUCACUCGAACGAUAGCGAGUGCGAGCCAGGACUCGGUGCCUCGGUGAUGUACAAUUUAUUAUACUAUAAACCACACAAAUUAAUGUUGUUAGCCGGAUGUAGUACGGUAUGUACGACCGUCGCUGAAGCAGCGAAAAUGUGGAAUCUGGUAGUGUUGUGUUACGGUGCGUCAUCUCCUGCGUUGUCGGAUCGAAAUCGGUUCCCGACGCUUUUCAGGACACACCCGUCAGCCACGGUGCACAAUCCCACGAGAAUUAAACUGUUGCAAAAAUUUGGCUGGUCUCGAGUGGCAAUCUUGCAGCAAGCCGAAGAAGUGUUCAUAUCUACCGUAGAAGAUUUAGAGGCACGUUGCAAGGAAGCAGGAAUAGAAAUAGUUACGCGUCAGAGCUUCCUGUCGGACCCGUCGGACGCGGUGAGAAAUCUGCGUCGCCAAGAUGCCAGAAUCAUCGUCGGUUUGUUUUACGUGGUGGCCGCGAGAAGAGUUCUCUGCGAAUUGUAUCAUCAGAAUCUGUACGGCAAAAGUUACGUGUGGUUCUUCAUCGGUUGGUACGAGGAUAAUUGGUUCGAGAAGAACUUGGAAACGGAGGGAAUCACGUGCACGAUAGAACAAAUGAGGCGCGCGGCUGAAGGACACUUGACGACCGAGGCUCUCAUGUGGAAUCAAAAUAACGACACGACAAUCAGCGGGAUGACUUCCGAGGAUUUUAGGCAGAGAUUAAACAAAGUGCUGAAGGAAAGCAGCUUCGACAUCGAUAACAAUCACUACCCCGAAGGAUAUCAAGAAGCGCCCCUCGCUUACGACGCGGUUUGGUCGGUGGCGUUAGCUUUCAAUAAAACAAUGGAGAAGCUGAGUAAGCAAGGAAAGAGUCUAAAGAACUUCACCUACACCAACAAGGAGAUAGCAGACGAAAUUUACUCGGCGAUCAACUCCACUCAGUUUCUAGGGGUAUCUGGAUACGUUGCAUUUAGUUCGCAAGGUGACAGAAUCGCAUUGACCCAAAUCGAGCAAGUGGUCGAUGGAAAGUACGUUAAGUUGGGAUAUUACGAUACGCAAAGCGACAAUCUGACUUGGAGGAAUAUGGAAAGGUGGAUCGGUGGCAAAGUACCUCAGGAUAGGACCAUCGUAAGGACCGUUCUAAGGACAGUCUCGUUGCCUUUGUUUAUUUGCAUGGGAACUAUAUCAUCGGUGGGAAUCGUAAUAGCGCUGGCAUUAAUAAUUUUUAAUAUAUGGAACAGGCACAGAAGGGUUAUAAUGUCGUCGCAUCCUGUGUGCAAUACAAUAAUGCUUGUUGGAGUGAUAGCGUGUCUGGUGUCGGUGUUUCUGUUGGGAAUCGAUGGUAGAUUCGUUGCACCGUGGGAAUAUCCAGCUAUCUGCCAGGCUAGAUCCUGGAUGUUAUCUACGGGAUUUACUCUGGCGUUCGGCGCGAUGUUCAGCAAAGUGUGGCGGGUCCACAGACUCACGACAAAAACGAAAGCCGAUCAAGCGAAAUUGUUCAUGGCUAAACAAAAAGUUUCGUCCAUACAGAAGAAAGUUCAACCGUGGAAGCUGUAUACGAUGGUAAGCGGACUGUUAGCGGUGGAUAUAGUGUUGUUAGUCUCCUGGCAAGUAUUCGAUCCUUUGCAAAGAAAGAUGGAAACCUUUCCGUUGGAGUCGUCUUCGUCUGGCGAUGACGACGCAAUGAUCAGACCCGAGUUGGAGCAUUGCGAGAGCAUACACAAUAAUAUUUGGCUUGGUUUGGUUUACAGCUACAAAGGAAUAAUUCUGGUAUUCGGACUGUUUUUGGCGUACGAAACGAGGAGCAUCAAAGUUAAACAGAUCAAUGAUUCUAGAUACGUCGGGAUGUCGAUAUACAACGUGGUUGUUCUCUGUUUGAUCACAGCGCCGGUGACGAUGGUGAUUGCCAGCCAGCAAGACGCUAAUUUCGCUUUCGUUGCACUCGCCAUUAUUUUCUGCUGUUUCUUAAGCAUGGCGCUGAUCUUUGUGCCUAAAGUGAUCGAAGUGAUCAGGCAUCCGAAAGACAAGGCCGAAUCUAAGUACAAUCCGGACGUGGGCAUGUCGAAGGAAGACGAGGAAAGGUAUCAGAAGCUACUUAGCGAGAACGACGAGCUUCAGAAACUGAUCGCCGCGAAGGAAGAAAAGAUCAAACUUCUGAAACAGACGUUGGCCGAGCGAGACACGCUGAAAGGUGGCAGCGGAAACGUUCCGAAGGAUUCGUUGAUAGUCGCCGAUUUUGUAACCGGCGAGGGGACUUCGGAUAGCGCAAUCGGUGGGGGUAUUUCUGUUUAUACUCAAUCAUCUCGAGCUUCUGCUUCUGACUUUGAGUUUUCAGGAUCGUACUUGUAGAUUCGCCGUGCGUUAAGUUUCUGCCCUUUCUGGCUGGAUCGUAACGAAUUUAAGAAACUGGGACCUAAAUGGAUAAAAGUACAUAUGUUGUUCUCUUCUUACGACGACGUUUACUUUUAAGUUCUUUUUAGAGGCUAUCGAAUUACGCGACGUAUUUUCUCGUUGUUUAUCUCUUUUUUGCAAAGUACUAUUACAUACUAUCGCACACCGAAUGACACUCGUUGCAAUUUUUAGCGAAACUUCGAAAGGGAAACGACGCACCAAAGUUCUGAAAUGCAAACGGGCGACUCGUUAGCUCGAGACAGCUUUGUUUCUAAGUUCGUAGUUCGUAGGAUGCGCUGCCUCCUGCCGAGGCGGCGCACUCUGUGUCGUGUACUCGGUGUCUAAACGUAUAAAUGUUGGAUGUAUGUAUAUAACAAACAAAGUAAUAGGUGUGCGUAUGCGUAGUACGAUUAGUAGCUCUCUGUGUAAAACAAAUCCAUACGCGCGAGAUAUUGUUAGGUAUAAUAGAUCGCAAGUUGGCCUACGACUAUCGCGCCGUUCUCGUUUACAACGAUCUUUUUCGUUACCUAUUAUCGAGAUUUUAUUAUUAUACAGAUAUUUGUACUGAGAAGUUUUAUCAAACGAAUCAAUUCUUAAUUAAAUCACGAUUAGAUAAAUUUACACUAAUCGCAUUGGUCGCAUAAAUCGAUUACGUAACACGGACCAAACACUUCGUAAAAUAUUUCCUGUUAACUUUCGAAUACUUUAUGCAAAAUACGCAAUUGUCCGUGCAUUAUUAUCAUGCAUCGUAUUGGUGCAAAACGCGACAAUGUAGGACGAUCCGAAUUUCUUCGCGCACGUUUAUACGGGUCCAAGAAACGAAUAGAGAAACAUGAAAGAAAGGAACGUUUUCGUUUAUUCGCGAAUAUUAUACGUUCCACACGAGGUACAAAAGAUCGCUUAAAUUAUUGGAUAUUGUAUAAUUUGAAUCGCGAUCCGUUUAGUCAAAACGUGAGAAGCAUCGCGAACGUUUCGUUUGCCGCAGGCCUAAAUCUUUUUACAUAGUCCACGCAUGAUUUGCAACAAUUGCAGUUAAAUCUCGUUAGACGAUAACCUGGUCGUUUUCGAGACAGCGAAUCGAUGCGAACCUCAUGAAGUCUGCUCCCAAAUUGUACGAAACGUUGCACGGUACGCGAAAUUGGUGUUCGAUCGCGGGCAACAAGGUACACACGUAAAACAGUGAACGUGCUAACGAGAUUUAAACGCUUGAAACAUUGCGCCAUUCAUAAAUAAUUUGGGAGUCUUGAUGAGGUGGAUCGACGUGCUUUAUGGCCAGUUAACGCUUAAUCUUUCAGAUUGCACCCUCUGAUGACUGAUCUAAAUGUAAAGGUGCUCGGAUGCUCGAGUCCGAUCAAAUAUCAAUUAUUUAUGAAUGGGCAAAGAAACUUUCUACGUUUACCCCGUAUAAUAUCUGAAGGAUUAUCGUUUUUGAAUUCUUGUUUUUAGAAACGGACCAGGUUGGCUGAACACAAGAACCCCGUCGAUUAGGAUGACAAAAGCAAUACGAGCAUACGAACGUACGAAAGGGCUAAAAGCCACGACAAAACGCUCUAUUUCUCUUUCUCUUCUAAAACUAGUUAAAUGUACACACAUGCAUAAUUCCAAGGGAACUGCAUGUUCUUAUUUUGUGAUCGGAAACAAAUCGGAAAUCGUAUUUGUAGCGAUAAAAAUUCAAUUCAAUCAUUGCAUCGCCGAUGAGUUAUUUCGCCACGCAUAUCUCGUCUAUAGAAGAGAUUAUUUCAUUGGAAUGAGAUUUCCUCAGAGAGGCGGCUUGGAAAUGCCCCUUGAAUUUAUAAAUGUGCAAUUCAGUUAACGUUACGAUUUAAUCGAAACUUAAGAUAUUGUAUCCAACAGGAUACACUCUGAGGAUUCUUUUAACGGAAUGUCAAAGUUUCAAAUUUUACAAACACGAACGUUGAAAUAUUUGAAAAUCUUGAGUUCAGAAACUAUUUCACGUUAUCAAUGGGAAAAUAAUGUGAUUUGACUGCAAUUCAAAUUUUAUCGGUACACAAGACGACUUACGUGUAUGUAUAACGUAGAUUGAACAAGCCACGAAGCACAACUUUUUCGUACUUGCGUUUCAAUUUCACCAUUCCACGUAUACAUGACGUUUAGACAGAUUUUACGAACUUCUGUUGAAUUGUUUCUAGUAAUAAUCAUUAUCGCGCUCAUCCACGUAUUUUUUACUAUAUUUCUUCGAUUGACUGUUGCGCGAAUUGCGCUUGAUUACUAUAUUAUUAUACGAUAUACAUAUACUAGUCUUAUCAAACUGUUAAAGAAAGUAUCAUAUAUAUAUACGUUAGAAUAUGGAGAUAUAUUUAUUUUUAAGUUUUUAAAUUAUAAAAUUCGUUAAAAAUUCAUAUUGUAUCUGUUAUUGAUUACCCUGCGCUUAUGGGAAAAGCGUUCGCUCUCGAAUCCAUUAAUCGUUCACGGAUCUUUGCUGUGUUACAGUUGCAUAAUCGAAACAAUGUGCUUUCGAAUUUAAAAUCGCAAGUACUUAAUUCGCGUGAAUGCAUCGUAAUUUUACUAUCGUGAACUUUAAAAAGUUUGCAGGAAAUCAAACGAACUUUGUUUGAGAGAUAUUAAAGGACGACACGUAUGAUUCUCUAAAGAAAUACGUAUAUUUAAUACAUCAUAGAUCCAUAUGGCGAUUAUGAAAAAUAUGUAGUACAAAUGAAAUACAAUUGUAUUAAAAAAUCAAAUAAACUUAGUUACAAUUUAA